AGGCAAGUUCGGUGUGGUGUACCGCUGUACGGAGAAAUCAUCCGGCCGGACGUGGGCAGCCAAGAUUCUGAAGGUGAGGGAGAAGGACCGAGAGGGGGUGAGGCAGGAGGUGGCGGUCAUGAACAGGCUGAGACAUCCCAAGUUGUUGCUGCUGUGGGACGCCUUUGACUCGCCGCGGAGGAUGGUGCUGGUCAUGGAAUAUAUCGGCGCCGGCGAGCUGUUUGAGCGGGUGAUCGGAGACGACUUUGUCCUGACAGAGCGGGACUGCGUCCACUUCCUGCGCCAGAUCUGCGAGGGCGUGGCCUACAUGCACUCCCAGUCCGUCCUUCACCUUGACCUCAAGCCCGAGAACAUUCUGUGCAUCGCCGAGAACUCCAACCGCAUCAAGAUAAUCGACUUCGGCCUGGCGCGACCUUUCCAGGAAGGUCAGAGUGUCAAGGUCAUGUUUGGCACACCAGAAUUCAUUGCCCCGGAAGUGAUUAAUUAUGACGAAAUCGGCUUCGCCACAGAUAUGUGGAGUGUGGGCGUCAUAUGCUACGUCCUAAAACUGGCAAUGCCGUGCUGGCGGUCAGUCGUCUGCUCAAGUCCAGCAGCCUCAGCAGCUUCAGCCGCAGCAACAGCAACUGUCCCGACACCCCAAGCACCCCGGGUACCCCGGACACCGCACGCUCGCUGUUCAGCCCUGACGUCAUCACGUCACGGCCCGCCCUGACAGAGGAACAGGAAGUGCCGCAAGAUUCGGACCCGGCCUCGGGAUCCAGCGAUCCAAACACUUCCUGUGAGCGACCUCUGCCAAACGGCAGCGAGCUCGUCAACGGCCCAUCCUCACAGCGAAACCUUCUCAGCAAUGACUCUGACAUUCCAAACAUACACAACAACAAUAACAACAACAACAACAACAACAGUAGUAAUAACAACAACAAUAACACGUCCAGUGAAAGCUCAAAAACAAGGGUUGUUUUGUCUGUGUUGAGAUCAGAUGUGAGCUCGGGUAACACAGACACAAACACAAACACAAAUACAGACACAAACACAAACACUUCGUCUGCCAGACAAGCUCAAGGGGCAUCCUUCCCCGACAUGGCCGGCAGCUCGCAGGAGUCUGGCGGUAUCGAACAACCCUCUUCGGACACUGGUCAACUGUCUGGUGUCAUGCCAGGCACAGCCUCGGGGGACAAAAACUUGGACAGUGGGGUAGCGGCGGAGGAGGGCGGUGGUGAUGUCGCUAGGGGUGAUACCCUUGGGGGUGAUACAGCUGGGGGUGAGGCGCCCGUGUUCCAAACCUCUCUGAGAGACUGCCAGGUGUUCGCGGGCGACGCGGUCCGGUUUGACGUCAUGGUGUCUGGCCGGCCACGCCCAACUGUCAGCUGGUUCCUGGAGGGGGAGGAGCUAGAGGCGGACUCCCGACACGUGAUGGAACAUGGCGGACGCCGCGCGGGGGAGUGCUCUCUCAUCGUUCGCGACGUGGGGGAGGGGGACGAGGGGGAGUACACGUGCCGCGCCGAGAACCUUUGUGGUCAUGUGACUUGUUCGGCAGAUUUGUCCAUUCUAGAACUGUGAAAAAAGCUCCAGACGUGGCGAAACGAGAAAGACUACACCACAAUCAUUACUGUUACCGGUUGUGAUCAUCUAUGCAAGUUUCUAGGAACUGUCAAAACACUUCUCAAGCAUCUUGAAGACAUACAUCAGAGUACUUUUUCUCUGUGAAAGAAAAACCAAAUCUCUCUCUGCGCUACUUUAGCCUCUUUAUCUGAACCAUUGGCAGUUUCUGAAUUUCAUGUGGAUUUUUAUCAUCAAUUCAUCAGUUUGAAGAUCUCUAAACCUUGUGCACGUUAAACAAAUCGUUUGACCAAUACCGUCAUACAGUAACAAAUAUGCAAUAGUUCUUUUUGACAUCCUCUGUCGUCUGUAACUCGUUCAUUUUUCUUCGUUUGACGAGAGAUUUCACUUUCCAACGACACAGUUUUUUUUCUUGUAUUUUUAGCCUUUACUAAUGUUCACCUGACUUUUUUAAAGCAAUUUUCUUGUACAGAUUUCAGAUGUUAAUGUGAAGCUUUUUGAUUCUUGUACUUGACUUGAGCACUCUUGAUACCAAACUAUUUGUUAACUUAUGCUGUCUGGAUACCAAACUAUUCGUUAACUUAUGCUGUCUGGAUACCAAACUAUUCGUUAACUUAUGCUGUCUGGAUACCAAACUAUUCGUUAACUUAUGCAGUCUCGAUACUCGAUACAAAACUAUUCACUGACUUACACAGUCGUGAUGCUCGAUUCAAACGUAUUGGCUGACUUAUGCACUAUGGAUACAAAACUGUUUGUUGACUGAUGCAGUCUCGGAAUGACACUAUAGGCUGACUUGUUGAAGCGUAUCCUACGUCUUCUCUUUCAUUGGUCUGUCAUGAAUGCUGGAGUUUUGUUUUGUUUUAAUUUAUUUUAACUUCCUGUCCGUUGUAAACGAUCAAUUCUUGUCAGGUUUUGACAAAGCAGUAUCCCGUACUGUUUUCUUUGUAUUAAUUGAUAAGUGAGCGCGUUAUCUAUAUCUGACAUGUUACAGAAAUCGUUGUUCACCUAGUUCUGAAACAUUAACACUUCUCUGUGUGCUGUUCACUUGAACAAAAUCUUUAAACCGACACAGGUGAGAACUGUGCCUGUGGUUUCAGAAAGGAACCACGUCUUUUCUGAUUUUCUUUUUCUCUCAUGCUCGCUGUCACUGUUAAUGUGUCACCGUUAAUGUGUCACCGUUAAUGUGUCACCGUUAAUGUGUCACCGUUAAUGUGUCACCGUUAAUGUGUCACCGUUAAUGUGUCACUGUUAAUGUGUCCUCUGUCAUCCCAGCUUUAAUUUUGUCCGGUCACUUUAAUGUGUUCAGUUUUCUGAUACAUCUGAGACUGUAUUGCCUACAUAAUCAAAACUGUUUACCAUUACUUGCAUAAUGUUUUGUGGCUUUUUUUUAAAAGGCCAUUCCUCACAGACACCAAAUGUGGCACACAGGGAAAGGGGGGGGGGGGGCAGUGGUAAAAGAAAAAAGAAAAUAUCUCUUGUAGUUGUCAGGAAAUAGCAAUUUUUCCCCUCGGUUCAUCACUUGGGAGACCGAGUCCUUUGAUGCAAGGUGUUGUCAAAGAAAAUGUCUCCUUUCCCCACUACUCAGCAAUAAAGAGACAAGAUGUGUUAUCUGUUUACAUAACGAUAAAAGUCAAAUGUUACAGCCAACUUUUGGUGGCAUCCUCUAGCUUUAGAUUCUGCUCUUUUCCCACUUUUUUUACUAAGUGAAUUUUUUAAAUUCUGUCUGGGAGAGUUUUUUUAAUUCAAUUAACUCAUGGUGUCAUUUUCUUGAAAUCUGUAAAACUUGGCCACUGUAGAUUAAGAAAGACAUUAGCGCAUGGGAGUCUCUAUAUUCCUUCACGACAAAGUUUAACGCUGAUUUUCUUAAACAUCCAAUUUAUCAUUUUUCUCAAUCACUCUUUACAUAGACCCUGAAGACCGUGUUACAAGGGGGUUGGGGCUUUACUGGAUUCAUUGUCCAGUCGGUUGUUACGCUCUUGCUCGGUUUUGCCUCUGUGUGACAAUAUUAUUAUGCUCUACCUCCCUUACCCCCCCCCCAACUUGUGUGACACUAUGGUGCCCCCCCCCAACUUGUGUGACACUAUGGUGUCCCCCCCCCCCCAGAUCUGAUGGCGACAAAGUUGCUCGCACAUACAGCUACUGAUCUGUGUGAAUGCCUUGACAUUUUCUGCUGCUGCUGUUUUACACUUCCGAUCCCUACACUGCUACGUUAUAUUAUAUAUAUAACUUAUCAAGAAUUAACCGUUUUAUUGUAGAUAGAUGUAGACAACAUAUAUAUAUAUAUAUAUUAUGUGAUGGGGGGCUCGUUGCCAGCCCAUAGCCUGAAAUAUGUGUCUGUUGUGAUUGUGUGAGAGAGUUUUGAUGGUAUGAGAGAGGUGUGUGUUUGCGCAAGGGCUACUAGAGACCUUGCACCGGUUACUUAAUAACCAAAUGUCUUGCCAGUCAUGACCGUCUUCUGUCCUAUCGGAGACGGACGCUAGGUUCAAAGGUCCCACCUCUUAAAUAGCCUGAUAGUGUUGAUUGGGGCGAUAAAUCCAUACACUUUACGACCACCAUCUUUGUGUUUCUGAUAGUGUUGAUAGGGGCGUUAAAUCCAUAUACUUCACAACCAUCUGCCUGUUCUUUUCCUACAAUCCUUCGAACAGUGCUAGAUCUAGAAGUGAAUGUGCCUGAACGUUUACAGAACAGAUUGUUGUGUUUAUAGGUUGUUGUUUGUUGGUUCUUUUUUGAUACAUUGUUUAAAAGUUUUAAUUGUUUCCUAUUUUUUUAAUUUUUUUUAGUAUUGUAUUUCAACUUCAACCUGUCAGAUAACACUGCUUGGGCUUGCCGCUGUCUUAUUUGAUAUCAUUUUGGAUGGCCCCAGUUCAAAUCCCCAGUGAGGUGUUCUGAAAUUUUGGGAUUUUUCAUUGGUUGUUUUUUGUUUUCCCCAAAACUUCGCUCAUUUAUUCUAUAUUUUUCUAUAUUCUUCGCUAUUUAAAAUAUGUUCUUUGUUAUGUUUCUACACACCAUCAGCCCACCCCAAUGUUCACUGUCCCAAUGUUCCCUGUUUGUCUUCCUGUGUGUGUAUGUCUCUCCCGCGCAACUUUUGGAGGUACAUGUUACAUAGUCACUGUUAACAAACACGCAUAUAUACUCAUUUAGGACAGUCGUGUGUUUGUUUGUGUGUACAUGUAUGUGUAAUCUGCUUGUGUUAUAUUUUCUGUCUGUUUGUGUUUCCAGUUACCUUUGCCCUCACCCCCUCCAUUUCUUACCACGCCUAAGAUUAAGAGUGCAAAAAAACCACUUGGUAGGUAAUCCCAUCUUCAAACAACUUUUUUUUUUCUUUUAGGGAGGAGAGUUGUUUGGGUGUUUUUUUAUUAAGGUGUAUGUUUUUGUCUUUU